AUGACUGAAUUUCGGAUCCCUAUGCACCAGGGCCCCCCUCCUCGGAAACCUAUGCCCAAUGCUCAAAAUGCCUAUCCCUAUCAGUCUUACGACGCCCCAAGGAACCUUGCGCCUCACGCCGCUGCGCCCUCAACCACCCAUAGUCGCUCUCGUACCACUUCCUCCCACGUGCUUCCCUACGGACAGACAUCCCAACAGCAUCACCAUCAGCAAUAUCAGCAACCGCCCCCAUCUACCAUGGCAUCACAGAAUAUGGGCUCACCAGCCGGUUUCCCGCCAGGACGACGAAUGUCCAACACUACAACCUCUACAAAUUCGACCGGAAACGUCAUGCCACAAGGAGAUUCAGGAGACAUCCGACGAAGUGCUUCUAACCGCUCGGCGAACUCCCAACUUGGAUAUGUAGCCCUCAUGAGGCGGCAAAAGGCGACCGUCUGGUGCGACCGGGCACAGCCAGAAGAUGCUCGAAUGCGCGAGCAAGCGAUGCGGGACAAGAAGAGAGCCUAUCUUGAAGUUCAUGGCGCGGGUCGCAAAGGAACCAGUAGCAAGGUUCGACACGGCGGUAAAGCGGGUCUGGAAUUCUCACCUUCCAACCUGGUUGGUGCAAAAGUUCCCGUACGACUCAGUGCAAAUGAAAUCGGCGACGGAGAUGAUGACGCUCACAGCACCGAAGGAAUGCAUCGCCGCACUGGUAGUGGCCGCAGCUCCCUUGGAAGUAACCGGUACCCCAGUGGAUACCAACGCCAGCAGACUAUGGGUAGUAACAGUACGCCUCCCAACGAGAAGAGCGAUCUACCAGAUGUCUCGGAGAAUACCCCGGCAGAAAUCCAUGAAGAAGAGAAGAGCCGAGUUUCAUCACUUGUGAAGGAUGAUGGUGCAACUACGCAUAGCAGUGAACAGGAACAUGAAGAUAUAGUGGGCGACAUGGAGGCCCCCAAUGCAGCUGUUAUGACAGCCCAGAAGGCCAAGAAGGCAGACGAGUUACGGCGACGGGGUAGUGUUGACGAGCGGACUACUUCCAUGACCAACGUGCGACUCUUCGUGGCAAACCCUGAUCUUAGCGAUUAG